CACCAUGUUAGGUAGUAUUGAGUUGUGGUCAGUCUAAACAGUUCCUUAACUUUUCCUUUCUUACGAGUGCCUCUGAUGCUUCCACCUUGUAUCUGAGGACUGACAACAUACAUCGGUAAAUCAUGGCUCCCCGUAAAGGAAAGGUUCAGAAGGAGGAGGUACAGGUUCAACUUGGCCCACAAGUGCUUGAUGGUGAGAAAGUAUUUGCUGUAUGUCACAUUUAUGCCAGCUACAAUGAUACAUUUGUGCACGUGACUGAUCUGUCUGGUCGUGAAACUAUUGUCCGCAUCACUGGAGGGCAGAAAGUGAAGGCAGAUCGUGAUGAGUCUUCUCCUUAUGCUGCUAUGUUGGCUGCUCAGGAUGUUGCAGAGAAAUGUAAAUCACUGGGUAUCAAUUGCUUGCACAUCAAAAUUCGAGCCACUGGUGGCAACAAGACUAAGACUCCAGGACCAGGUGGGCAGUCUGCAUUGCGAGCUUUGGCUCGUGCUGGCAUGAAGAUUGGUCGCAUUGAAGAUGUUACUCCAGUUCCCUCUGACAGUACACGCAGGAAGGGAGGUCGCCGGGGUAGGCGUCUGUAGUUUGAUUGCUGUAAUAAAUUUCAUCAUUUAUAAGUUCUUAUCUUCCCUAUUACAAGUAUUAGAAAGACCCAGCUACCUGUAAACAGAUGGGUUUACAAAUGUAUGUCUAGUACAUCAUCACAGUGCAGUGGUACCUCGGGAUACGAAUUUUUUUCAUUCCAGAAGGCUGUUCCGAGUGCUGAUACCAAACGAAUUUGUUCCCAUAAAGAAUAAUGUAAAUCAGAUUAAUCCAUUUCGGACCCUCAAAAAUACAUUUACAUAAUUGUUCGAGUUGUGAGCUGUUUGUAUCCUGAGGUACCACUGUAUUUGCAUUAUAUGUUGUACUGCAAUAGCUAUGUUAACUGAAUAAGAAUAACUUAUUUUAGUAAAAUAUGUCAUCCUGAGCUUAGUCAUUUUCCCAGGUACUAUAAUGUCUCCUAUGGGUUUAAUGCUGUCCUAUGAAUGUAAUAAUAAUGGUAGAUUUUGUCAAUUCAAAGGUCACCAAUGACAUGCAAUUUGCCUUUGUCACUGUUUCUAUUGAAAAUACUAAACAGUUCUUUUUUUUUUUUUUCCUUGGAUCAAACAUGAAUGCAUUACAUUCCUCAAAUGUUCUGUGACCCCUACAUGUUCAGCGCCUCUCUGUGAAUAAAUUUAAAUGCGUUUACAAAGGAUCUCUGGUUCGUGUUUUUCAAGUCUUGAAAUUUCAAGCUACCAUGUGUUACUUUUAAUGCUGGUUCUCCAUUCAGUGAAAAGAAGAUGCCUUUGCUGGUGAUGGACUCUUGGUCGAAGUUAUUUGAGGGUUCAGUGCUCUUUCCUGAAUGUCCAUUGAAUGUAGUUCCUUGAUGAAGGGUUCUCAGUCAUAGGAAUUGUAUUUAGAUUCUGUUGCCUUGGAUUGAACCUGGUUGCUUUCCAUUUACCAGGUGCAAUGUGACCACUGUGGGUUUAGUGCUUUCCUCUAUAUAUAAUAAUGACAGGGAAUUUGAGUGAUUUCCAAAUCAAACAAUAAAUCUCAUUCCCUAGUUGCUGUGCUCCCCUCAACAGGUUAAGCAUUUCCCCAGGAAUAUAAUGGUUCUCAAAAUCAUUCCCUUUCAGUGAGGUUACUUGAUGCUGGUGGGAGACUCUUGAUGUAAGGAAUUGAGCUGGUGCUUCCCUUUCUUGAAUUGAACCAAAAUGCCUCUUGUUCCCCCAGGUGCUUUAUGACCCCUAUGGGUUUAGCACUCUGUGAGUAAUAAGUGUAUGACCCCUAUGGGUUUAGUGCUCCCUGUGAAUAGUAAGUGUAUGACCCUCUGGGUUUAGCACUCCCCCAAGAAUGCAAUAAUCUCUAAAUUGUUGCUCUCGCUCGAUUUCGUUCAAACUGCCUCUUCACUGCAGGUUGUCUUCCCUUCCUAUAGUAUGUAGUGAUAUUGAGAAUGCUGUUAUGUUAUGCAAGUGUCCUUUCAAACUCUUGGGCUACCAAAGCAGGGUUACAUUUUUUCAGGUUACCUUCUAAUGUAAUAACUGGCUGACCUCUUGAAGAAGGCCUUACUUUAUACUUUAAAAACUACAUGCAUUUCCUAACGUUUACAGAUAACUAUUGGGUUGAUAAUGCCAUAGCCAUCCACAACCAUGAUUCCUUAAGGGAUUUCAUGGUUACAGGCCAGUUUCUUUUAAGUUUUUACUGGAGUUAACGAGUAUUUUCCCAGCAGUUAUGUACAUUUCUCAUCACUAUCAUACACUAUGACCAUAUCUGCCUUGUCAUUCAUUGUUUCCAACUCCCAAAGUGCAUUACAAACUACUGAAAAUUUUGACUCUCCUUGUCUCAUCGUCCUUUGUACGUAUACAACUUGGGCUGUUGCAUUUUUAGAUUUUUUUUUUUAAGUUCCUUGGACAUGACAGUAUUCAAGGCCAUGAACAAGCAGACUCGGCAACUCAGUCAGCUAUUCACGACUUCACUAUUUCUUGCUGGGGUAUUCUUUUCAUGAACUAAUUCUCAGUACUGUCAACAAUUCCAAAACUGUUGGCAACAACACUGGUCCAGGUUACAAUAAAACAAAUUGCUUUUAUCAAACCACAAUUGCAAUUCUGCCCAUCUUCCCACAACUGUGAUUUGGUGAACUUCACUCACAAUUACGAAUCGGACACACAAAACUUACAUGUGGAAAAACGCCUGAGGCCAUUGUAUAAGAGCUGUUUUGUCACUUCAGCAUAUCUUAAUUAAUAGACUGCUCUUUUUAUUGGCUAGCACACAGGAUUCUCUUCCAUCAUCUACAGCACCCAAAUAUACACAUCAAUUGACACUGAGAGGCUAUUUAUGGAAAUAAAUCUUUUUAUGCAUAUUUCAAUUUUACAUUUGCCCUUGCCCAUCACUUCCACUGUCUCCUACCCCUUGCACCCCUUCCCAUACCUCCGUAUGAUCCAUACAGGUUCAGCACAAAAUGAAUAUACAGUAAUAAUUUGUGGCUAACAAAUUUAACACUUCCUUUGAAUAAAAUAAAUACCCACAAAUAUAAUAUUUACAUCCAUAAUGGUCCAGGAUAGACUGAAACCUUUGAAAAUAUGUCUUACAUUUUAUGUCCUCUCAAGGGGUCUCUCGAUAAUAAUGAAGGGCUUUCAGUCCAGGUAAUUGGAGCUGCCCUUCCUUCAAGGGGAUGCCUUGAAGCAGAUGAGAUUUUGAUCCAAGGAAUUUGAACUAUGUUGAGCCAGAUUAUUUCUUACUUCCCAGGUGUUGCAUGAAACUGGGUUUUAUGCUUCCUUGUGAAAAUAUAGUUUAAUGUGAGUUAUUUCAUCCAGUUUCAAGAGGGUACCUUGAUAUUAGUUGUGUUCUUGAUUCGAGGAAAUGGAACUACCAACCCUUUAGGAUGAAACCUGAUCACCAUUUGUAGUGUACCCUAUACAGAUGAAUAAAUAAUUUUAAUACA